GUUGAAGCGUGAGCUUACUGUACCUGAAUCUAUAGAUUAAAACAAAACCGCUGAGAAGUUUGCCAAGAUGCCCAGCACUGCGCUGCAAGGGCACACGCUGCCCUCAAGCUCUGCAUGCCUAGGUAGAGCUACACGCCAUGUAUGCAGAGUGUCCACACGGAGCCGGCGCGCUGUGACGGUUCGCGCGGGACCGCUGGAGACGCUCGUGAAGCCGCUCACGACGCUGGGAAAGGUCAGCGACCUCAAAGUCGGCAUCGCCAACUUCUAUGACGAGUCUUCGGAGCUGUGGGAGAACAUGUGGGGGGAGCACAUGCAUCACGGCUACUAUCCCAAGGGUGCCCCCGUCAAGAGCAACCAGCAGGCACAGAUCGAUAUGAUUGAGGAGACGCUCAAGGUGGCUGGUGUGACACAAGCCAAGAAGAUGGUGGACGUGGGCUGCGGCAUCGGCGGCAGCUCGCGCUACAUCAGCCGCAAGUUCGGCUGCACCUCCAACGGCAUCACGCUCAGCCCCAAGCAGGCUGCUCGCGCCAAUGCGCUGAGCAAGGAGCAGGGCUUUGGCGACAAGCUGCAGUUCCAGGUGGGCGACGCGCUGGCGCAGCCGUUCGAGGCCGGCGCCUUCGACCUGGUGUGGUCCAUGGAGAGCGGCGAGCACAUGCCCGACAAGAAGAAGUUUGUGUCGGAGCUGGCGCGCGUGUGUGCGCCCGGCGGCACCGUGAUUGUGGUGACGUGGUGCCACCGCGUGUUGGGUCCGGGCGAGGCGGGCUUGCGCGAGGACGAGAAGGCGCUGCUGGACCGCAUCAACGAGGCCUACUACCUGCCCGACUGGUGCUCCGUGGCAGACUACCAGAAACUGUUCGAGGCACAAGGCCUGACUGACAUCCAGACCCGCGACUGGAGCCAGGAGGUGUCGCCCUUCUGGGGCGCCGUGAUCGCCACGGCCCUGACCAGCGAGGGUCUGGCGGGUCUGGCCAAGGCGGGCUGGACCACCAUCAAGGGCGCCCUGGUGAUGCCGCUCAUGGCCGAGGGCUUCAGACGCGGCCUCAUCAAGUUCAACCUCAUCAGCGGCCGCAAGCUGCAGCAGUAGUAGCAGUGCGGCGGCAAUGCGGCUGUAGCAGCAGUGGUAGUGGUAGCAGGGGGCCAGCGGGGCUGCAGACUAUGGAGGGAGCGCCCAAUCGCCGCGGAGCUCUUGCUUGUGUUUGUCGUUGUGAUGAGGUCAGUGGCGCGAUGGCGCAAGAAGCCAGGGACGGACCGGCUCGCGAGGAGUGGUGGCAACUGCAUUCAUGGUGGGUGUGACCGCGUGGGCGUGAGCGCGUGAGGGUCAGGUGAGAACGAACGGGCCAGGCAAGAGGACAUGGAUUGCGGGGCUGCAGGAUGGGGGACUGUCAUCGUAUCGCUGUGAGCUGGUGACAGAGCUGGUGACCGGACAAGCAGCUGUGAGGACCCGGCGCGGCAUAGCGUCGCCGGUGUGACCGCCGUUUCUCUUUGGGCAACGCAAACCAGGUGACUCAGGGGGCACCCCCUUUCUUGUCUUCGGGCUGCAUCACGCAUGGUGCCACGCAUGUCAUGUGCACCUGAGGCUAUUGCAAGUUGGCUGGUUGGGCAUGUCUGCAUGUGUGAGCAGGCGUGACCUAGACCUGCGAGCUGGUGCCUGAGGUGGUUGGCUCUCAGUGCAUUAUUGCGGCCAGUGAGCUUAGUCCUGCAUGCCACAGUGCGCAGGCGCAGUGCUUUGGCAUUAUCACCACCUUUCUUCGAGAAUCAAGUAGCGUUGACCUGACAACGCUGUAGGGGAUCCCUGAGGAUUCCUGCGGCAUGGAUUCAAGGGGCGCUUCGAAUCAGCCUAAUAUUAUUUGCGGUCACGUACGUGUGUAACACACUACCGCACCUUAAUAUAGCGUCACCCUGUAAGAGGAGAAAAUC